GCAAAGUCUACAAAGGGUCGCAAUACUCCGAGGGCACUUUGGGCGAUUUGCUGACCUUCGACUACCCGGCUCAACAUGACGGGGCGGAUGAGGAGGAGAAUGAGAAUGAUGAGCAAAACGAAAACGAGCAUGAUGAGGAGGCGAACAAUGACGUGGACGACAUCGACGAUGAAGACGAGAAGAGUGAUGAUGCCGGUGGACUUGUGAGCGUGUGGCAGUAUGCAUUGGACUUGCGCGAUGUUCGAAGAGAGUCUGGUCAACAAGACCUUUGUGUGCUGUAUCACUAUACCCACGAGCUGGCCUUCCGCAAUGUGGCCAACAUGGAACAGACCACUGCCGAGCUUUUCGCGUCACUGGUGGACUCCAGGGCCCACUUCGGGAAAGGCGUUUAUUGUACGCAGCAUGAACCAGCUGUAUGGGGCUCCCGCACGCGUAUUUUGCUGAACAACUACAGCAAUCUGAGCCCUUUGCGCGACACAACAGACGCGGAGUCUCAGCGAGUUGAGCAGGAAUGGGGCACCGGCAAUGCUGAAGGCCAUCGUGCGGCAUUCUGUAUUCCGAUACUAGUCCCCAGGGAGCUCGCGCACAAUAUCUUCGAAAAACAGACGCCAGACCUCGCGCAGAAGAGCGUGCGUGACGCCGAAACAGGAGAGGAGCGCUGCAUCCGGCGGGGCGAGGAUUACAAAGGGCGGUCUGUGGACCGCAACCGGGAUGUUUGGGUUCUGCAGGUGACGAACGAAGCUGGAGAGGUGCAACAUGCCGGCGCCGAAGCAGAUGGUCUGCUGAGGCUGUUAAGGACUCGCCUGUCAAAUCUGCGAGAAGAGCUGGGAGACGAUGCAAAGCCAACCCUGGACUGCAUGUACGAGCUUGGGAGUAGGCUACAUGGCCGCUCCUACCAUGAUGAAGCAGAGAAGCUUUACAAGGAGUGUUUGGACCGCCGCAGGGCCAAGCUGGGCGAAAGUCACACGGAUACUCUGGAUUCGAUGAACAAUCUUGCUUUGCUUCUGGAGGACAUGGGACGAAUUGAGGAGGCCGAGCAGCUGCUUUGCAAAGCAUUGAAGGGCAGCCGUGCCAAAUUUGGCAAGACACAUCCAGCAACGCUGGAUUCGAUGAACAAUUUGGCUGUCUUGCUGCAGGACCAGGAUCGUUUUGAGGAGGCCGAGUCGCUCCAUCGCGAAGCGCUGGAGGGUCGCCGGGCCAAGUUGGGCCGGAACCACCCGGAUACGCUGACGUCGAUGAACAAUCUGGCAAAUUGUUUGCAGGCCCAGGAACGGUACGAGGAGGCCGAAUCGCUCCACCGCGAAGAGCUGGAGGGUUGCCGAGCCAAAUUGGGUGAGAAGCACCCAGACACGCUGUCAUCCAUGAACAAUGUGGGGAUGUUGCUGCAGGCACAGGAACGCUAUGAGGAGGCGGAGCAGCUGCUCCGCAAGGCAUUGGAGGGUCGCUGUGCUAAGCUCGGCGAGACACAUCCAGAUACGCUGGGUUCGAUGAACAAUGUGGCUUCUGUGCUGGAGGCUCAGGGACGUCAUGAGGAGGCCGAGUCGCUCCACCGCGAAGCACUCGAGGGCC